GUAAACCUGCAAGUGAAGCAGGUUAGUUAGAAAGGGACAGUUAAAUUCCACACUCCAGUGGCUUUAACUUACACCCUGAGGCACCAGCAAGGAGCAUUGCUAGCAAACCCCUGAAGCUUGUCUUUGUCUCACAUGGAAUCCAAAGAAACCACUGGGAAAGAAAACAUGGGCACCAAGAAGAAGAAUCUGACUUUCUUGAGACCCCGAUUGUACAUGCUGGAGAGAAGGAAGACAGACACUGUGGUGGACAGCAGUGUUUCUGGGGACCACUCUGGUACCUUGAGGAGGAGCCAAUCUGAUAGGACCGAAUACAACCAGAAAUUACAAGAAAAGAUGACUCCACAGGCUGAGUGUUCUGCAGCUGAGACCCCAACCCCGGAGGAAGAGUAUCAGAUGAAGAGGAUGAUGGCAAAGCGAGCAAAAAUCAUCAAGGAGCUGAUACAGACAGAAAGGGAUUAUGUCAACGAUUUGGAGCUGUGCGUUAGGGAAGUGGUUCAACCCCUCAGAAACAAACAGAUUGAUAGGCUGGACGUGGACAGUUUCUUCAGCAACAUAGAAUCUGUGCACCACAUAUCAGCCAAGUUGCUGGCCUUGUUGGAAGAGGCCACAACCGACGUGGAACCAGCCAUGCAAGUAAUCGGAGACGUGUUCUUACAGAUUAAAGGGCCACUGGAAGAUAUUUAUAAAACCUACUGCUAUCACCAUGAUGAAGCACAUAGUAUACUGGAGUCAUAUGAAAAGGAGGAAGAACUGAAGCAGCAUUUGAGCCACUGUAUCCAGUCCUUAAAGUAAGCCCUUUCAUAUAGUGAUUCCCAUCUACUCUCAGUUGCCUAGCAGGGAACAUUUUAAAUGGAUGUAGAUGAAAGGUCUCACAUAAAUCCUAAGUUUUAUGCGGCUUGCUGGGAGCUCUGCUUUGUGUUACUUUAUGAAAAGCUGACAUGCCAGAAGCCUAGAUUGACUUUUUUCCCUCCUGAAAGGUUGACUAAAAAUAACAUGGGAGAAUAUUCAAGGUUCUGUAGAAAUGGAAAAAUGCAAGAUCAAAAAUAAAAUAUGGAGGGGAAGCCCUUUCUCAAAGCUAUUGUAACUUGCUUGCUCUCAUUUAGUU